GAGAAACAGUUUUGAAGCCCCGCCCUCUGUGCUGACUGUAAGCACAGACGUUGAAGUGGUUCGAGGUCCUGACGACUGAGCACUGACCGAGGAAAAGGAAUAUAAUGAUAAGUUAUGAUGGAGUUAUUGCGCUGUUUGGAUACCGACUAUAACUACAAAAUCACCGAGCUGGACCAGGUCACGCGCUAAAGUCCAAUUAGGAACUAUCGGAUUUGUUUUUGCUGCGUGUUUCUAAAGGAAAGUCAAGCAGGUUUGGAUAUUUCUUCCUGUUACGAAGUCGGCGGUUCCUAACUUUUUAUUUUGUGAUAAAGCCCGGCUCAUUACGUACUUCUGAUAAGACCCUAAGUAUGGAUACUCUGCCGCAAAGGGAUGCGGGAUUUCCUGCGGUAGCGCCGCAAAGUUGCGGUCAAACGCGGUUAUUGGAGAUUUGGUCUUAAUAAUGCGAACUGGUCAGCCCUGAAACUUGUCGUAAAACACUGGUUGGCUGAACUGAACGCUCCUUUCCUGCUAUUCUUCUCCGCUUCUCAGCGCUUCCUGCUUGUGGUGGCCACUGCACUUAAUGGCUAAAAAUACAUAAAAACUCAAAAUGGACAACUAAAUGUAAUGGGAAACUUAAUUUGGAGUUGCAAUUGCAACACAUGAAGUGUUUUACAUCAAGCUUUGGACAGUUUUAUUUUUGUACUUUUAGUUUUCAAAAUCAACACUCAACAGGUGGCAAUUGUGAUUGAGGGAAGAGAAGAGCUAAUUUACAUAAUGAGGUGAUUCAAACCAAGAGCCUCUUAAAUACAGGCCGGUGAAAUGAUAUUGUGCUCAAACCAUGUUUUGGGAAACCACACACCACAUCACUUGAACAGAGAGAAAUUCAGUGGAGUAAGUGCUGCCUUUGAAACACUUAAUCAAACAAAAGCACUCUCUUGACUGAUUAUGCAUUUUCAAAUGGAAAGCUUUGCAUUUAAUGUCAAGACGAAUGAAAGACACUUGCUGUUCAGUUGUCUUUAAAUCCUCUCUUGUAGCCCACUUGUUGGUCAAGCUUUUGAACACAUUUCACUGGUCCCUGAUGAACCAACAAGAAAGACAGGAAAGGGAGCGAGGCGCAAUAAAGUACUCUUUUGUAUUUUAUUUUCAAACCCUUGGGGUGCAAAAUCAGAUCCAGUCAAAACAUCUGCUUGAGGCUCCAUGGAGCCGCUGAAGAACAUAUUCAGUCGUGGCCCGCUGUCAAACUGGAAAAAUUUGGAACAAUCACAAAAAGGGAACUUCACCAACCCUGUGUGGACAGCCUUAUUCGACUAUGAGGCAUCCUGUAAAGAUGAGCUUACCUUGCGUAAAGGUGACCUGGUGGAAGUCCUGUCUCUGGACUCUGAGAUAUCAGGGGACGAGGGCUGGUGGGCAGGUAAGGUCAACAACAAGGUGGGCAUCUUCCCAUCAAACUACGGCUCCUUCAAGCCAAAUGGAUACGGGAAGCUUCCGGGCAGCGGCGUGGUCAGUGAGCUUGGUCCGGCCGUCGUGGGUGAGUUCGAACCCGAGGCAGUGGAUUUCCGGGAGCUGAGCCUGGAGGAGGUCAUCGGGGUCGGGGGAUUUGGAAAGGUGUAUCGCGGUACAUGGAGAGGCAGGCUGGUGGCUGUGAAGGCCGCCCGGCAAGACCCGGAUGAGGACAUCAGCGUGACGGCGCAGAACGUCAGGCAGGAGGCCCGUUUGUUCGCCAUGCUCACUCACCCGAACAUCAUUGCCCUGAAAGGCGUCUGCCUGCAGGAACCCAACCUGUGCCUCAUCAUGGAGUACGCUUCAGGUGGAGCACUGAGCCGGGCGCUGGCGGGGCGUCGCAUCCCGCCGCACGUCCUGGUCAACUGGGCUGUGCAGAUAGCCAGAGGGAUGUUGUACCUGCACAGUGAGGCCAUUGUCCCCGUCAUCCAUCGGGAUCUCAAAUCCAACAACAUCCUUCUGGCUCAGCCCAUAGAGAAUGAAUGUAUGGAGAGUUUGACAUUGAAGAUCACCGACUUCGGACUGGCGAGAGAGUGGCACAAGACCACCAAGAUGAGCACUGCCGGCACCUACGCCUGGAUGGCCCCCGAGGUCAUCAAGUCCUCCACCUUCUCCAAGGGCAGCGAUGUCUGGAGCUAUGGUGUUCUGCUGUGGGAGCUGCUAACAGGAGAGGCACCCUACAAAGGGAUUGAUGGACUUGCUGUCGCCUAUGGAGUCGCUGUCAACAAGCUCACCCUGCCCAUCCCUUCAACGUGCCCCGAACCCUUCGCUCAGCUCAUGGCAGAGUGCUGGGACCAGGACCCCCACCGCAGACCCAAUUUCAGCUCCAUCCUGGCCCAGCUGACGGCCCUGGAGCAGCAGGUGAAGGAAGAAAUGCCGCAGGAAUCCUUCCACUCCCUGCAGGAGGACUGGAAACUGGAGAUCCAGGACAUGUUUGAUGAACUCCGGGCUAAAGAAAAGGAGCUGCGAUGUCGUGAGGAGGAGCUGAAGCGAGCGGCUCUGGAGCAGAAGUCCCACGAAGAAUUCCUGCGGCAGCGCGAGCAGCAGCUGGCCCAGUGGGAGCAGGACGUGUUCGAGCGUGAGCUCAGCCUCCUCAUCCUCCACCUGAACCAGAACCAGGAGAAACCCAACGUCAAGAAGAGGAAGGGCACCUUCAAAAAGCACAAGCUCAAGAGCAAGAACGGCGAGAAGAUCAGCAUGCCUCAAGAUUUCAUCCAUAAGAUUACGGUGCAGGCAUCCCCAGGCCUGGAGAAGAGGCGGAACUCUCCUGAUUUAGGUUCGGGCUCCUCACCCUCCUUCGGCCCACGUUUCCGUGCGAUCCAACUCAGUCCCAGUGACAACAGCCGAUCGUUUGGUCUGAGCCCGGUCUGGCCCCUAGAAGCCCCUUCUCUUAAACAAGCCAAUGGAGACCUGAGGUUGGGCUCCCACUGGAGGCCCCAGAGCCCAAAAAGUCCCAAAAGCCCUAAAGUCCUGCGCCUUAGUCCCCAGGAAAGCAGUCUGUCGAUGAGGGCUAAGCUCCUGGAGUCGGACAGCAAUGAGAAUGGAGAAUCCAAGGAUGACUUUGAGGAGUACAGACCCUCCAUGUCAACCCCUCCCCCUGCUCAGAAUGGCUCCUCAGUGAAGGACAGCCUGCAGCUUCCUCUACCUCAGCGAGACUCGGGCAGCGAGGAAGGGGGUUCCUCUCCGGCUGGCUCCCCCAGGCCUGAGAGGGGUUCCCUCGGUGGCCUCAUUAAGAGCACCCACCGGGUCCUGCUGGGUGGUGGCUCCCUCCUGGCCUCCAUAGGACUAGGUCGCUGCCUGGAUAUUCCCCCAAGGGUGCCCCCUCGAACUAACCCCCCUUCCCUAAGGGACCGCACCUCCUCUGAACCGGAGAUCUCUUCCCUUAUGCCCCUCAUUUCAGACCCACCAGUAGUGGAUGAUCUCAUUACCUUCUCCACCUCUGAGCUCCUCCCCAGACCGCUCUUGGAUUUAGCGCUACAGUACCAAGAACUGAAGCCUUUGCCCCUGACUCCGCCUCCGCCGCACCCCCGUGAGAGGAGCGGCCACCGGACGCCGCAGACGCCGCACAGUCCACAGAGCCCCAGGACCCCCAUGCAGCACAGCUGGGCCAGUCCAGGGGACUGGACCCCAAGUUCCCAUUCAACUAAAAGGGAGCUGGGCUGUGUGGCCUGGGAGCACAGAGCUGACAGCAGGAGGAGGUCCAGUCAAGGCCUGCAUGCCUCUCAGCUAGUUUUGGACCUUCCCUUGUGCCAAGACACACAGGACUCUGAUGACAAGCCUUCAGUGCCCUGUUCUCUCCACCCCAACCCUGCCCUCUGGAGCCCCAAAACCCGCCGCCUGGAGGUAAGUGUCAUCCCCCGGCCCCGUCCGUCUCCCAUCCGCCCCCGCAUCGAUCCCUGGAGCUUCAUAUCGGCCGGCGGCGGGAACUCAGGUGGUGGCCGCAGCCCAAACCGCUUGGACAGCAACCUUCUGUGCUAUCAGCCUUCCCCUACCAAUCCUUUCACCAACUGUGGCCCCUUCCCCUCGCCUGACUGCGACCCAUUUGCCCUCAAGGCUGACCCUUCGAGCGGCUCGGACACGGCAUCACCCUUUGACCCCUUUUUGGCUCCCUUUCCCACCUCCCGUUCUGCCCCGUGCUCCACUAACGGCUCGCCCACGCUGCCCUCGUUCCGUAUAGCGCCCCUCAACCCAGCCGACUCGCCCCUCAUCGACCUGGGCUGGGCAGCCUGCAGCAAGCCCCUGGAUGGCACCAAAGAGAAAGCUCACCCCCGCAGGACACUGGGGCUCAAGCCCUUCAAGUCCCCAACGCAACUCAGAGAUGACAGGUUCUAAACCCAUGGCAAGGCUGUGUUUUUUUUUUAUCUCAGGAACACAGUCCAGGAUCCUUUCCAUUACUAUGUCCUACAUCUUAACAAGGAUUUGGAAUCUUUUAAAAAACACACACCCAUCACUCAAGAGGGAGGUUUCCCCCUUGGGAUCCUUAAUCUUUGCAGCUCCUACUUAUAUUCUAGCCUGCUGCUUUGGAAACCAGAAAACCUGUGAAAGGUGGUACAUUGGAUUGUGGGAUAGCUGCCUUUGAACCAGUGGCUGGUGCCCAUUUCAUUCUCCCUCUCUAUCUCUGUUUCUCUAUCACUUUGAAGGAGCAGAACACAGAUCACUAGUUCCAUCUUCAGAUUCUAUCAGACUGCUCAUAUCACCUGCUUUCAUCUCCCCCCUACCUUUGAAGCAUUGUGACAAUGCAGAGGUGGAAAAGGCAACUUGCACAGCUUCAUCUGCCUCUACCUCUCUGCACACUGAAAGCAUUCAGGACAAUGGAAAAUUGGAGUGCCUUAUUUCGUGAAGUGUUUUUAAUAUAUAUCUUUUCAAGGUUCCUUGAAUGGUUAAUCUGGAGCAAAGGCAACUAUGAAUUUGGCUUAAAUUUGAAAAUCAGUUUAGCAUUUCUGUGGAAGAAAAUGUCGUCUGCGUGCGUGUCUGCAUGUAUGUCUAGACUCAUUGUUCAAGGAAAGCUUACUGUUUUUUUAAACUGUUGCAUUAUGGGAGAAAGCACUCAGAGUGGAUAUUCCAGGCCGCUCAUGAAAUCCAAGACAAACCAUGACACAGGCAUUCCACUUGGACGCAGAUAACAUUCCAGGGAAUGCCAGGGAUUGGUCAGAAUUAUUAGUCUGGCAGGCGACAUAGUACAGGAAACCGAGGGGAGCCUCUGCAUAUAUGCCAAAGAUAUGGGGUUUGCCACUCUAGACAGCACAGAGAAAGUUGAGAUAAUCACAAAUGGUAUUUAAACAUAACUUUAUUAUACUUUUCUGUGGUUAUCUUUUUUAAUAUCAUCCAGACUGUCUUAUCACCACCUGUCUGAUGCUUUAGGAACCUUCCUACAGCAUCAAAGUAUUUGCAAAUACUACAAUACGGUGGUAUGGAAGCUUCAUUGAAUACCUUAUUUGUACUGUCCACCAGAGAAGUAGUAGCCUUGCAAAGCCAGCUCUCAAUUUCGCAGUAUCUUGGACCCCAUGAUUGACACUUCUCUCCUUGACCUGAUUGGACGUGCCACUCAGCUGUCAUUAGUUCCUUCUUCCAAUUCUUGAACUAGGAAAACAUUGUGGUUAUUCUAUAAAUGUUACAUUUCUCCUGAGAUGAUCCACCAAAUUUUGUUCCUGAAGAAAAAUUAACCAGAAAUAGGCUGUGAAAGUUAAAAAUGGUGCUACAUUUUACCCCUGCAACACCUAAUUUUAAAGGAAUAGUUUGACAUUUUAGGGAAUACACUUGUUUGCUUUCUUGUCGAGAGUAAGAUGAAAACUUUGAUACCACUCUUAUAUCGGUGAAUAUGAAGCUGGAGCCAGCAGCUGGUAAGCUCAGAUUAGCAUAAAGACCGGAGGUAACAAAAUCCGCCUUCCAGGACCAAGGUCCCUUGCCUUCCCAAGCAACCAGUGUAGACUCCAGGAAGUCACUGCUCCCAGCUGAGAAAUAGCCCAAUAAGCAUAUAAGACCAAAAAUUUUUUUGGUCUUAUAUGCCAAUUUCAGUUUUUGUACAGAUUAAACAAACAAGAUAUAAUGUGUUAAUUAGUGAGGUUCAGAGGUUCUGCUAGAUGGAUUUUGUUAUCUUUGGACAGAGCCACGGUAGCUGUUUCCAGUCUUUAUGCUAAGCUAACCGUCUAAGAGUUGGUAAUGGGUAACAUGCAUCAAAACAUUCAAAGAUUACUCACAUAUCUAGUCAGGCUCAAUCAAAUCUCAGCGUAUGUAUUUCAGACUUGUGUUAACUGGAGCUUGUGAGAUGUAGGCUGGCUUUGCGAGACUAGAGUAGCAGGGCUCCUAAACUCUAGUCCCUCACAGUUUUUUUUUCUUCUUAAAAAUCCAUCCUAAACCAUUUUAACACUGCUAAAAAGAUCUGGUAGGAUCCUGUGGAUAACUGUGAUGUCAUGUUGAGAUACUUCCAGAACAGAUACAGCAGAUAAGUUCAACAUUGAAUGCAGCAGUCUCAACAGACCAGAAUUCACUGGAACAACUGAAAAACUUGCUUUUUUAGUUCACAAUCAUUAUCAUCACUGAUUGUUCUACAUGCUAAAUGGAACAUGUUCAGCCACUUUCUCAGGGGUUUUUCAAAAAGCAUCCUGGGAAAUUUACGACAUUAGGCAGGCGGAGGGAAAGUGGCUGCAGCAACAAAUACUUCAUCAUAAAAUAACUCCUGGACUGGUGAUGCAUAACAGUAUCCAAGGGUGAUGUUUUUUAAUUUUUUUUAAUGGCAGUCAACAGCUUCUCAAUCAUGUAGUUUAUUAACAUAAUUGGUGUAGGUCAAGCAUGUAAGCAACUGAAAAAGACCCUCUUACGCAUUGGCACAAACUCGUCCUGUUACCCAUGUCUUUGCUGGAGCAUUACGAGGUACAAAUACUGAUCAGGUUCAUCACUGACACCGUGUCAUUGGAAGACAAUAAUGGCUUUAUUCUGAUGACGAGUGAAAACCUUGUCUCCAAAGGGAAAAGCUUUGUGAUUAGCCUAAUAAUCCUACUGACGAAUGAACAGAGGAGGCUGAUAGUGAUAAUUAGCCUCUUGAUAAGAGCAUUAACAAAGGGUUUAGAUAUUUGGUUAAUUAAUUUGCCCCAACCUUAUGAAAAUGCCCUGUAUUGUCCUCGCAAGGGCCAGUAAUGAAAAAAAUAUCACAUCUGCUUGUGCCUUUCAAUCAUUUGGCUCUGUUGUACACCAUUUUGUGUGUGCACCUACCAAAUUUCAUGCCUCUAGGAGUUCUAUGUUUGAAGAUAUUGAACCCUAAAAAUGGCUUCCCGCCCAAGACUUUUUUUAUAUGGAGCGAAAAUCACAACAUUCCCAGUGACCAAAAACUAUUUGACUAAUUCUUAAAAUUCAGCCAAAAUAAAUUUGAAAAAAAUCUAAAAUGUAAACAAAAACCUCUAUCUGAUUUGACACAGAAUGACCCAAAAGUAAAGCAACUGUAUAAGCCACCAUUCAGAAUGUGACAGGGUCACCCAAACUGUUGUUUUAUGUUGGCCUCAGGUUCAGUCGCACAACUCAACUGUCAUCACUUGGACAUAAGCACUGUGGGUCUUCCUUCACGUCGUGCAAAAAUUGCAGGUUAGUCUCUCAGCAGUGUUUCCUAACUACUUUCGCUCUCUUGUCCUCACCAACAACAUUUUACAGACAUGACAAGUGAUGAGUUAUUGCCUCGUCUCUUUGUGUCAACACUCAAAGCCACAAGAGCUAUCCACUGAGUUAUUAGGCUCGGAUAGCUGUUAUUGUCAACAGCGCUCUGUGAGGAGAAAAUAUACAUGAAGGAAAUUCAGAUGAUUGAAACGUCUGGCAGAUUAUUUCUGUCACAAAUUCUGUGUGUGUGUCAAGUAUCCACUUCAACCUGCCACUUAUGUCUUGUUUGUUCACUCAGUGCUAAGACUUUAAUUUUCCCUCAGACCUGAUGUUGAAAAGUGUUCCCUGCCGUUCUCCAUCAAGCUUGCGCACAUUGAGUGAUUGACUUCAUGAAAUAUCACUUGCAAUAACAGGAGUCACUGUGCUUUUCACAUAUGAUUAAGUUAUUCCCUAUAGUUGGAAUGGGAAUUCUCCUGGAAGUAGUUAAUUUGAAGUAGUCCUACCUCAGCUCUUAAUGCAUAAUCUGAAUCUGACAGAACUCUAGUUGAUGGAAUAAACGGGACACAUUUUAGGAAAUCUUUUGUGGACAGGGACAUCCGAUUUUUGGUUUUGGCUGUCAGAUUUAGAAACCGUAGCUGCCACUUGUCUGCUGCAACUGACAGCCAGCACGCCAAUAGGAAAGUCCUGAUGAGUUGUUUGUGACGCUCUGUUCUUCCAGGCAUCGCCCCAUCCGUCAUUGCAAAUCAGUGUCUUGAGUACAAACUGACAGGGAGAAUAGAAGUGAAUUCUCUGCAGGAGAGACUGAUAUCUGGCCACUGGUGAGCCACUUUCAGCCCCAUAGUGGCAGGGAGCAGACAUGAUUUAAUGAUCUAAAUUCAAAGUUCAAGCUCAGACCAUUGGCCCUAAUCAGUGAAUGGAAAAUGGUCAAUACAUUACAUGAAUAAAAGCUAAUGAGACUGCACAAUGGAGGAACCCAUGGUCUUGACCCUCAUCACACCAAGAGGCUGCUUGUGAGCGGUGGUUGUGUUGUAGAAUUUCAGAGGUGAAAAAUCAGAGCCAUUAUCCAGAAGAAUAAAAAAAACAUGUUGCAAGCUAGUUAUUUGCUGGCUUUGUGAAGGGGUAUCAGUGGAAAGGGUUGCCUAAUGCAACCAUCCAUCAGUGUUACACUCACUCUUAAAGCUUAAUUUGGCUUUGUGAACAGUGGAUAUGUUUACAUGCAUACUAAUUAUCUGAUUUACCCUGAUUAAGCCAUUGAUUCAACUGUAGCAGUAGUCAUGUAAAUGCCUUAUGGAUUUGCAUGGGACAAAUACUACUUGGGGAUAUUCAGAAAUCUGUAGUAACAAUGGAAAUAAUAAACCUGCCACGCCUGUUUGAGGCGGACUUUCCCUGAUCAUUCUAAUCUAUCUAUUCCUUGGCAAACUCAGUAUGUUGGCACAACAUUUCGCUUUUUGUUUUGAUUGUUGUGUAGUGUGGAGCCCCAAAACUGACAAACCGUAGUAAAAGGUUACCAGACAAUUCAACAAUAUAACUGAUAGCAUCAAUUAAUAAUAUUGUCAGUUAAAUAAUUAAAAUAAGUGUGUAAUAAGAAAUAUAAAGCUUUAUACUUUUCAUUUAACACCAAUCCAGUGAUCAAAUAAAAUAAAACCUAAUUGAUUUUACUCUUCUAUUUAUCUCUCAUUAGCUCAAGUCCUUAUUUUCAUUUAAUUUCCUUCCAAGAUGACUGUCUGGCUAGCUAGCUUACUUGAAAACACUGGUCACUAAACACAUUGAGCACCAGCCAGUUAGCUACCUAGCUGAAGCUAAACUUCAUCAUGAAACCAAACCAGCGAGGGCAGUACACAGCUUUAUAUUUCUACACACCAUAUCAUAUUUUGUUAUAUUUGACAUGUUUGAUAACCAUUUAUUACAUUUUGUUAGUUUUGGUGCACCACAGGGAAACUUCUUACUUCUUUCCUUUGCUAAAUCAGGACAUGAUAAGUAAGAUGUAUAAAAGUAUAGGCUGUAGACAUUUUUACUUAUCUUUAUGAUAUGUAACCAGUUGGAUGUCUGUUCCCUAUUUCUGUCACUGACACCAUGCAGAUACUUCAGUGUGAUUUGAUUCAUAAAUGGCCACAGGGAAAAUAGAUGUGAAUCAAGGCAGAGUGUGUUUGUCACAAUGACAACAUGGUGGCGAGUUAUGAUGGCAGGAGCUUAUACUUUUCUCUUAUUACCAUGAGAAAGGCAAUGUGCUGCUGGUGUAUGAUUGCUAUCUCUGAGACUGUAACCCCAGCAUUACGGCAAAGUGUUGCCUAAACCCAUCAGCUUGAACAACAGAGGGUCUCUUUCUGAGAACGGCUGAAUCUUGUUACUGCACAGUCUCUGGGUAAACUAAACAAGCCCCAGGAUAGAAACACCUAAACCUCAGUUACUGGGGGGAAAAUUGAAACCCAUUGAAUAGUCUGAACGCUUGAAUUGAACUAUCACCAUAUUCUGAUUACUCAGAGUAACAGAGGACAGUGUGCAUGUAAACGUACUCAUUUAAAGUGUUUGACUGAAAGGAAGUCAGCAAGUCAAGUCAGGAGGGGAUUGUAUUUCUUAAAUUUUUGCAGCUCCAGUUAAAUCAUGUUUUCUUUCCUUCAUGGUUACUGAGAAAAUUGCAGAAGGAUUCAUCAAGGAUGGAGAGAAAAACUUUGUCUGAACACGCGCCACAUUUAUUUUGUUGAUGAAAUCUUACCUUGGCGAGUCAGUGAAGAGUAAAUUCUGAAACAACAAAUAGAUGGCCUGUUAUUUCAGUGGCUUUCAGCCCAUUUACCUUUGCUGCCUUUGCUUGCUUGUGUUCAAUUAAGCAGAGGUUACAAAUAUGCCGGGUUAUCAGCCUCGUUUCAGCUGUCUCACAGCCAGCUUUCAGCGCCCGAGACACAUUAUUGCUCUUUCUGGCUCAUAUUAAACUGAAAUACCUACCCAGGCCUUUGGCAUUAACAGGCUGAGAACAAAUGAUCAAAAAUGACCUUUCAUUGAGCUAAUGCUCGGUCUCCCAAAGUGUGAGUAUUAUUCCUAAUUCUUUUCAGUCUGUGCAUCCAAGGUCACCAUCUGUUGUCCUCUUCUUCUGUAACAAUGAAAACUGAAUGAAUGUGAACCAUGAAAGGAGGACCAAUUCGUUUCCAAGACCACAGUGACGGCUCUUCGAAAAUGCUGGUGCUCUGUAUUGAAAAUAAACAUGGAUUUUAUCCAUGAGGUCAUUAAGUCCAAGGCCCACAAACUCGUCCCCCCUUCACUCGACAGCACACAACAGCCCCAUGAUUAUUUUUCCACCUAGCUAUUGACACACAAUUACCUUGUGAUCUUCCUGAAAUAGAAGCCAUUCAAUCAGUACAUUUCUGUUUCUAGAGGGUUGAAUGAGUGCGCUGCAAACCAAUUGGUUGAAUAAACAGCCCUUGUGUCUCAAAUAUAGAGACUGCAAAUUGCAUUUGUCUCCUCAACAUUGUUUACAGAUUAAAGGAAUGAAAUUGAUGAUAUUUUUGGCAUUUUUCUUUAUUAUACUAUUUUAUACAUAUUUUACUUUCGUUAUCAUACUGUGUCAGGGUGCAUAAGCUAGUUCUACAUAAAAAGCCCAAGUCAGACCAGAGAGUACAACCUAUUUUGCAUCCUUUAAUCUUAGUGAUGUAGUUACUACUUAAGUGCAACAUUUGCUAAACCAGUGGCAGUAUUUUGGUAUUUUUCACCUCACAUAAUUUUUCCCACCUUAAAAAUUCUAUGAAGAUUGCCUACCAUUCGAUGAGUUUGUAUUUUCAACAUUCUUCCUAUAACAUAUUUUAUGAAUGCCUUUUUGGAGGUAAAUCCAUUCAUUUGGAUGAAAUCUGCAAUUGUCCUACUACUUAGCCGUAUAAGAUAGAGUCCAACCUAGCUUUUUGGAUUCUCUGGAUCUUUGUUCUCUCAAAGGUCAGCUAAGCCUACAGAUUUGACUGACGCUUGAGGGUAUUUAACAGUAGGUGGUCUCUUUCAGGUGCUCAGGCUUAAAUGAACUAACUUAACUGAACUCUAAAUGAUCCACAGAGGCAAUUUGAAAUGGUUUGGAUGGUACAAAUCCCCAUGGCUCACUAGUCAAAUAUCUUCCACUUACAGCAUCACAGUACUGUAAAAGGCUUUUCCUUCUGACAGCUUCCUACCAGCCAGCUAAGGACAUUUACAAAAUUUAUAUACAGUGGGGAAAAAAGUGGAUAUUUAUAAAUGGCCAUCAUUUUACACACUGGAACAAAACAAUUUCUCUUUCUAGAUGGCCAUGGACGCAGUCUACAUUAGGAUGGUGGAUUGAUUGCUUCAUAUGAACAAAACAUUUGAUAGGUUUUCACUGGAGUAUUUAAGUGUAUGUAUGGGUGCUUCACAUGAGGCAGAUUAAUUUUACAUUCCAGUUCUUCAAUUUGACCAAAUCUGUAUCAAAAUGAUUCCUUUGCAAGCCCCAGUAUUUGUGUGUAGCAGAAAAUUCAACAGAAUUGCCUGGUAGAACUUGAAAUCUGGUUCUUACCAGCAAAAUCCCAAACUUAAAUUGCAGUCUAAUGUCCCCUUGGGGCACCCAUACUGAAUUGUUAUGUGCAUAAAACUGCUAGAUAGAGAUGAGUAUUUUGUCACUACCUUAAAGUAGUAGACAAGGUUGACCUCCUCUCUGUCUUUGUAUCUAUUUGCUUUUAUUAUAAUUGUUCCAGAUUCAUUUCCAUGUCUAUUGUGUGUUUUAUUACAACCUAGGCGAUGUGAUAACGCAAUUGUUGCAUUGCCCUGGCAGCCAUUUUUCCAUCUCUCUCAGAACUGUCUCUACUCAUGUGAGUUAGAGGUUUUCCGGUCGUCGGGCUUUGAAAAUUCGUUAUUGUUGCAUUUUUGUGAAAUCUCGCACUGGGCUGGGCCUAAUCAACUGUUUUUAUUGUUGUGUGUCAAGAGGACAAUUUCUGUAUACAAUAUGUGAAAAUGUUUUUAUUUCUCUUGACUAUUAUAAUGGGUUUUAAACUGUGGGGGAAAAAAGAAGGAAAAAGCUCAAAAAGCGACAAGACCAAAUAAAAUGUAACACUCCUGA